UCAAACUUCAAUUAGAAUCCAAUCUUUUCGAAAAAGAUUGUUUUGCUUAAUUGCUGAAUUUGUUGCUGGUUUUUAAGGAGCUGUGAUAAUAAAAUUUCAUAAAAUGAAAUUUUUAUUUUUGGAUUGCUUAAAGCAAAAAGUUGCAUUCUCCACAAAACAACCGGGAAUCUUUAAUUUCUGUUUGGUGGCACCACACAAUAAAACCUACAUAACAACUACCCCCAGCAAGGAGAAAUUCGUCAACGGUCAUACGCACAGAAAGCACGAUAUACUACAGGAGAUUGCCGUUGAUGAAACAGAUUUAACCGCUUCAGAAAAUACUAGUAAAGUCAUCUAUAGAACCUUUCAGGAAGCAGAUCAGUGUAACGAUUUUAACAAUCAUCACAAUACCGGAAGAAAUAUUAGCCUAAAGUCAUCACAAUCUACGGAUGAUUUAAAGGUGAUACAACAGCAACCUAAAGCUAUACAAAAUCAAGAAGAUAAUAAUCCCAAACCAAAAGGUUUAACAGCGCCACCACGUUUAGAGGGCAACGUAAGAGGAUCACUAAAUGAUCUACUAUUGACAUCCAGACGUACCGAGUGUUUAACAGCUAAUUUAGAUAAAACUACAACUACAGCAACACGUAGGAGUCCAGCGCCUACUGAGAAAAUCAUCACACAAAACAACAGUUUCAAAUCGGAAAGUUCUUUAGAAACCGACAUCGAAAGCGUAAUCACCAACAGCAGUCGUACGUCUAACAAUAUGACCACACCAGCAACUGUUAAUAGUACCACAGGUGCACCCACCGCCAGUGAGAAACAACCUUGGCCCAAUUCCAAAGAUGAUUAUGAAUUGCGCGAUGUUAUUGGCGUGGGCGCCACUGCCGUGGUACAUGCGGCUCUUUGUUUGCCUCGCAACGAAAAAUGCGCCAUUAAACGCAUUAAUCUAGAAAAGUGGAAUACUUCCAUGGAUGAAUUGCUUAAGGAGAUACAGGCUAUGUCUUCGUGUAAUCACGAAAAUGUUGUAACAUACCACACCUCAUUUGUGGUACGGGAAGAACUGUGGCUUGUAUUGCGCCUGCUGGAAGGCGGUUCUUUGCUUGAUAUCAUCAAGCAUAAAAUGCGCACCACCCAGUGCAAACAUGGUGUCUUCGAUGAAGCCACAAUUGCCACUGUGCUUAAAGAGGUAUUGAAGGGUCUCGAAUAUUUCCACUCGAAUGGACAAAUACAUCGUGACAUCAAGGCCGGUAAUAUACUGAUUGGUGACGAUGGCACCAUACAAAUUGCCGAUUUCGGUGUAAGCGCUUGGUUAGCCACUGGACGAGAUUUGUCGCGACAAAAGGUGCGUCACACCUUUGUGGGUACACCCUGUUGGAUGGCACCUGAAGUGAUGGAACAAGAUCAUGGCUAUGACUUUAAAGCAGAUAUCUGGUCGUUUGGCAUAACUGCCAUUGAAAUGGCCACCGGCACGGCUCCCUACCACAAAUAUCCACCCAUGAAGGUAUUAAUGUUAACUCUACAAAACGAUCCACCCACCUUGGAUACCGGAGCUGAUGAAAAGGAUCAGUACAAAGCCUAUGGUAAAACAUUCCGUAAAAUGAUUGUGGAAUGUCUACAGAAGGAGCCCUCAAAACGACCUACGGCCAGUGAAUUGCUUAAACAUGCCUUCUUCAAAAAGGCCAAAGAUCGCAAGUAUCUUACCCAAACCCUAUUGGCCUCGGGUCCCUCCAUGGAGACUCGUGUCCACAAGGCUGCCAAGAGGCAACCAGGUGCAUCAGGUCGUCUACAUCGUACUGUUACCGGUGAAUGGGUGUGGUCCAGCGAAGAGGAAGACAAUGGUGGCAAACAUCAUUCCUCCGAUUCGGAAUCGGACGAUAGGCCCAUUAAUCGUCUGGAAAGAGCUGACUCUUCGGACAGUGAUCGGGAGGAGCAAUCGGAAUUUUCGGAAGCAGCCACUGCCACAGCUAAUGCUAUGUCAUCACAACAGCAACAACAACAGCAACCACAACAAGCAACGCCACAACAACCUGCCGCCGUAACAUCAGCACAAGCUGGCGAAAUAUCGCAACCUUUAGCGGAUGGCGCAGAAGCUCCCCCUGUCAAUCUCGUCUUGCGCAUGCGCAAUCAACGACGUGAGUUGCAUGAUAUACGCUUUGAAUUUGCCGUCGGCAAGGAUUCAGCCGAAGGAAUUGCCGCCGAACUGGUGGAUGCUGGUCUCGUCGAUCCCCUGGACACGCAGCCCAUGGCCAUCAACUUGCAUCAGUUAAUCGAACAAAGAGCUGCUUUAAAAACUGUUACGUUCCAAUUGAAUUCUGGGGUACAACCGGGUGAAGUACCCGAUGAUCGCUCGCUGGUCGGGUAUGCUCAAAUAUCAAUAACAGAUUAGAUAUAUAUAUAUAUAAACAUUACAUAUAUUUAUAAACAUUAUAGUAGUUCGUAGUAGUAUGUACAACAAUAAUAAGUUAUAUAGCAGAAAAGAAACAAAUAAUAAUAAAAACAAACAAAAACAAAAACAUACAUAAAUAAUAUGAUAUGAUCAUGUUAAAGAUAAUGAUAAUGAUUGAUGAUGAUACUGAAUGAUGAUGAAAAGAAUGAUAAAUUAUUAUUUAAUAGUAUAACAAUAAUAACAAACAAACAAAACUCUUAAACAAAAGUCUAGAAAAUAAUAAUAAAAGAAAGAGAAAAAAAAACUUAAAACAAAACUUAAUAAAGAAUUUUUUUUAUUGUUUACUUUCUGGUAAUUUAUUUUAAUUUUUUAAAUAUUUUUAUCAAAGCAAAAGAUACAUCUAAACACUAAAUUAGUUAUGUUUUUAAUUAUUUUUAUUUUAAUUAUACAUAAAUAUUAUUUCAAUGCACUACCAGUUAAUUUUAUAGUUUAAAAGUAAUUAAAAAUUUUAAGAAUUUUUUUUUCAACGUAUAACGUAAUGUUCACAGUGCAGCUGCAUUUUAAAAGAGAAAAUUUUAGUAAUUUUAAAAGUCUCCAAUAGGUCUUUGUAGAAAUUAGUUUGUUUGACAAAAUCGUAAAUAUUUUCUUAAGUUCCAAAACGGAAACAGUUAAGAAUAUAUCUUUAAAGAAAAAAAUAAGAGUUUCCUUCACAAAUAUUCAAAAAUAAAGUUCAUAGAACAAUAAACUGGUGACCAGCAAUCAAACCUAAAU